AUGUAUAUAAAGUCAAUUGUUUUGGACGGAUUUAAAUCGUAUGGAAAUAGAGUUGAGGUGACCGGUUUUGACCCAGAAUUUAAUGCUAUCACUGGCUUGAACGGUACUGGGAAGUCUAAUAUUCUAGAUUCUAUAUGCUUUGUACUAGGCAUCACAAACCUAUCUAAUGUGAGGGCAGGUAGCCUACAGGAGCUCAUUUACAAGCAUGGCCAGGCAGGCAUUACCAAGGCCACAGUCAGCAUCACCUUUGACAACCGUGAUAAACGCCAGUGUCCCAUUGGCUAUGAGAAUCAUGAUGAGAUCACUGUUACAAGACAGGUUGUUAUGGGUGGGAAAAACAAAUAUCUUAUAAAUGGGAUCAAUGUGCAGAAUAAGAGGGUCAGUGAUUUGUUUUGUUCAGUACAACUCAAUGUGAAUAAUCCACACUUCCUUAUAAUGCAGGGACGGAUCACAAAAGUGUUAAAUAUGAAGCCCCCUGAAAUUCUUUCCAUGGUGGAGGAAGCAGCUGGUACUAGGAUGUAUGAGGCAAAGAAGCAAGCAGCGCAGAAAACUAUAGAAAAAAAAGAUGCCAAACUACGAGAAUUAAAUGAUAUUAUUAAAGAAGAUAUUGCACCCAAGCUACAGAAAUUGCAAGAUGAAAGGUCACAAUUUCAGGAAUACCAGAAAGUAGUGAGAGAGUUGGAGAACCUCACUAGACUUUAUGUGGCUUGGAAAUAUGUGACAGCAGAGAAAAGUGCAAAAGAAGCAGAAGCUAAAGUGACUCAAGUGCAAGAUGAAAUCAAGGACAAGAAAGAGAAUAUUAAGAAAAAUGAGAAAGAGGCAAAAGAUUUAGACAAACAAGUUGCUGAAUUAAACAAAAGGCUGGAUGAGGAGAGCGGGUCCGCGCUGCAGCGGCUGGAGGCGGAGAGCGCGGACGUGGAGCGCAGCGAGGCGGCGCUGGCGAGCGCGGCGCGCGCCGCCGCCGACGCGCUGGCCGCCAGCGAGGCGCGCGCGCGCCUGCUGCAGCGCGCGCUCGCGGACGACCGCGUAGCGCUGGACGCCAAGUCGCGCGAGCUGCAGCAAGUGUCAUCAACAUUUGAGAGCUUAAAAUCAGCCAGUGAGACAAGUGAAGCGGCUUUAGCAGAGGCACAACAGAAGUUCCUCGCCGUCAGUACAGGGUUAGAGGGAGCUUCGGAAUCAUUGCAAGAUCAACUCAUGGCUGCUAAGCAAGAAGCCUCAGAAGCAUCAACACGUAUUUCACAGAGCACGAUGGAGAAAAAACAUGCAGAGGAUAGGCUGAAGACGUUGGAGCGGGAGUUCAAAUCAAGCAGUUCACAGUACCAGCGUGAUCAGGAUAGCAUUGCCAAACACCAAGCACAAGUUGAUCAGCUCCAGACGGAACUAUCGCGGAUGAACUUCAAUGAAGAACGAAGGUCGCAGCUCAAGGAGUCGGUGCGCUCGCUGCAGUCGAGCGUGCGAGCCAAGCGCGACGCAGCUGACACCCUGGCGGCGCGCCUGCAGCGCUGCGACUUCCGCUACCAGCCGCCGCAGCCCAACUUCGACCACAGCCGCGUGGCCGGUACUGUUUGCAGAUUGAUAGACGUCUGUGAUUCAAAAUAUUGCACUGCUCUGGAGACAGCUGCAGGUGGUCGGUUGUACAACGUGGUGGUGGACACGGAGGUGACAAGCAAGCUGUUGCUGCAGCGCGGGCAACUGCAGACUCGUACCACCAUCAUCCCGCUUAACAAAAUCACUGGACACGUUAUUGACCGCGAGACCUUGCGUGUGGCACAAGAAAUUGGCGGCGGUCCGGAGAAUGUGCAGCUGGCUCUAGACCUGGUGUCAUACGAUCAGCGGCUGCGGCCCGCCAUGGCAUGGGUGUUCGGCGGCACGCUGGUGUGCCGCGACCUGGACACGGCGCGCCGCGUCACGUUCCACCCGCGCGUGCGGCGCCGCACCGUCACGCUCGACGGCGACGUGUUCGACCCGGCCGGCACGCUGUCCGGCGGAGCGCGCGCCAAGGGUGGUUCGGUGCUGAUGCAGUUGCAAGAGCUGAAGCAGCUGGAGGUGGAGCUGCGCGAGGCAGAACAACAGCUGUCCGCGUGUACCGCCGAGUUGAACUCGCUCCAGCAGCUUGCAGAUAAGCAUGCUACGCUGCAACAUAAGCUGGAGGUGUCGCGGCACGAGCUGCGCGUGCUGCGCGCGCGCCUGGCCGCCACCGCGCACGCGCACCUGCACGCCGAGAUAAGCGCACUCAAGGACAAGGUAGAACAAUUGAGUGCGGCUGUAGAGCGAGAUAAAGUAACACAAAACGAGACAGCGGCCAGGGCGAAGGAGUUGGAAGCAAAAGUGAAAGAUAUCAAAGGGCAUCGGGAGAGAGAGUUCAAAAAAGCAGAGGAGGCGUUGAAAAAGGCCAAAAAAGAUGCAGAGAAUCACAGUAGUUCGUGGAAGAAACGGGAACAAGAGUUCGAAACCUUGAAGCUGGAGGUCCGCGAGCUGGAGCAAGCUGUGGCAACGAGUACGCAACAAUUGAACGAAACAAAUGAGGCCUCCAAAGAUUUGCAAGAAAAUCUUGCUGCGGCGAAGAAAGAACAUGCUAAUGCCUUGGAAGAAGUUAAAGAGAUACAAGCAAAAAUUAAGCGGAAAAAAGCAGAGAUAGCAAGUCGUAAUGGCGACAUUGCUAAGCUAUCACAUAAGAAGGAAAAAUUGCAUAAAAAUAAUAACGAGCUGGAGUUAAAAAUAAAAGAGUUGGACUACAAGAUUAAAGAGUUACAGACUGAAGCCACUGAGUGUGAAAAGAAGAUAAAAUCAUUGGAGACCGAGAACCCUUGGAUUCUAUCGGAGCGGCAGUAUUUCGGUGCUGCCGGUGGGAUGUACGACUUCGCGGCGAGGCAAGCCGGUGUAGCCGGGCAGCGGCUGCAGCAGCUGCAGGAGCGGCGCGACAAGCUGGCGCGCGGCCUCAACGCGCGCGCCCACACGCUGCUGGGCAAGGAGGAGGAGCAGUAUCAAGAUGUGAUGAGGAAAAAGAAGAUCGUGGAAGCAGACCGGGCUAAGCUAGUACAAGUUAUGGCUGAAUUAGACGAGAAGAAAAAACGUACCCUUGUCGGCGCUUGCGAACAGGUGAACCGUGACUUCGGGUCCAUCUUCAGCACGCUGCUGGCGGGCGCACAGGCGCGCCUCACGCCGCCGCCCGGCCUCUCCGUGCUCGACGGGCUCGAGGUGAAGGUGGGGUUCAACGGGCAGUGGAAGGAGUCGCUGGGCGAGCUGUCGGGCGGGCAGCGCUCGCUCGUGGCGCUGUCGCUGGUGCUCGCCAUGCUGCUGUUCAAGCCGGCGCCGCUCUACAUCCUGGACGAGGUGGAUGCUGCGCUGGACCUCUCGCACACGCAGAACAUCGGACACAUGCUCAAGGAGCACUUCAAGCACUCGCAGUUCAUCAUCGUGUCGCUGAAGGACGGCAUGUUCAACAACGCCAACGUGCUGUUCCGCACCAAGUUCGUGGACGGCAUGUCCACCGUGCAGCGUACCGUCAACACUCAUCGAUGA